AUGGCACUAGUAGAACUUGCGGAGUUAUACAAAUUUGGAAUAUUGUCGUCAAUGGCUAUAAAGGGCAUUAUUAGCUAUCCAGUUGAAAUCACCCUUCGUUUGAUCGGAGCAUGGCCAAAUUCUUCAUGUCGAAUUUUCAAAUAUAUCAUAUGGACAACAGUGAUGUCAACGUUUUUAAUAUUUCAAUAUUCAUAUUGUCUUACUCAUGUUAAAGCGGCCGAUUUAACAGACUUAUUAGACGGGUUAAGCGUUACUUUUUCAAAUACUCUUCUUCUUCUGAAGUUUAUUAUCAUUUGGUUCCACAAACAAACUUUUUCCGAAAUUUUGAUCAUAAUGGCCGAAGACUGGGAUAAUUGUAAAUCUGAAUGGAAUAUGGAAGUAAUGAUGCAGAAAGCUAUUUUAUCCUAUCGCAUUGCGAAGGUUAUGCUUAUAGUGUUUACAUGCAGUAUCUCUCUAUAUGCAGUGACCACCUUUUUCGUUCCUGACAACAUUGAAGCAUCUCAUUCUACGGAAAAGAAAUUUCUAUUGAGAAUGGAAUUUCCUUUCGAAGCAACAUUUUCACCAAUAUACGAAAUCAUUGUGACGAUACAACUUGUCAUACAACCGAUAUUUACUCUAAUGGCAGGAAUGUUUAUGGCUCUUAUUGCAACGUUCGUACUUCAUGUAGCCAGUCAGAUCGAUAUACUGUGCGACAGAUUAACAGAGAUUUUAAAUAAUCACAAUGAAGAGCAGUUACGUAUAACAAUCAUAAAAAGUCUUAUAGCCAAACAUCAAAGAAUUAUAAGUUUAUCUGAAAAUGUCGAAAGUGUAUUCACUUUGAUAUCUUUGCUACAAUUCUUUUUUAACACUGUAGUGAUCUGCUUUGUGGGCUUUCUUCUUGUAACCUCAUUAAGCAGUGGACAAGCACCUGCAGUGAUAGCAAAAUGCUUUCCUUAUUACAUAGCUGUUAAUUUUGAAGCACUUACACUUUGUUAUACAGGCGAAUAUCUUAGUUCAAAAAGUGAGGAUAUCGGUUGGACUGUGUACAAUUCCAACUGGUAUCGAUUAAGUAUUUAUGAAACUCGUGCGCUUUUAUUAUUAAUAUUGCGCUCUCAGAAGCCUCUGAAUCUCACAAUUGGGAAAUUUAUGAAUCUUUCUUUAGAGACAUUUGCUAAUAUGUUGAAAGCCUCUGCUUCGUAUGUUUCGGUGUUACAUGCAAUGGAAUAA